AUGGGUGAGCAUGGCAUCGAGCAUGCUUCCGGUGCCCAUUCAGUUUCCCGUCAAUCUUCGUUUUAUGAUCGUUUCCUGGCAAGCUACGCACUCGACGCGGACGGCUCGUUGAUUCUUCGCAGCGGACCACAAGCAACAAGCCUAAAACGAUGCUGGUCAACCUUGAUAAGGCAUAUCGUCUUCCCUCCGUCAAAUCCCGAUAGCUCUGCACGAACGCACAGCAUUCUCCCUUCCACAUGUGGCCUUGGGGAGUCUCAUGCCGUAGAAUACUUCGAGAAGCAACUUCUAGCAAAUGACAUUGUCGGCAUUGUCGUCCGCAAAGCUGAAUGUCUACCCUUUGACGAUGUCUACACAAAUCUUGCUCUCGACUCGAUCCAAUCGGGUCAAAAUGCCGAUGUGCUUGAGGACCAUACCUCUCACCAACAUCGUAUUCAAGUAUCCCAAAGCAUCGCCGAACUUUUCGAUCAGACCUUACGACAUGUCACCAAAGAUGAUGAGUGGGACUUCUCCGGCCGGGACUACUUUGUCGAACGGAUCCUGCAUUUCGUCUCUCAAAAUCUUCCCAUUGAACUUUGUUUGCCCGCAUUUCCCUGCAAGUCAUCGAAUUUGGACAAAGUCAGCGGCGUACUACCGGAUCGAGGCGAACGAAUAGCUCUAGAGACAUUGCACACUUUCAUAUGCUCUGUGCAGAAAAUCUAUGAUCCCGGGGCGGUACUCUGGAUCAUCAGUGAUGGCCAUGUGUUCAGCGAUUGCAUCGGCGUCGAUGAUGCUGUUGUUGAUCGAUACAAUGAAGCUCUACAAACGAUGAACAACUCUCUUGCCUUGGACUUCGGCACACGGGACCGUGUGCUGUUCCGCUCACUGGUCGAGCUCCUGCGGCUUGACGAUACCAAUCAUUUACAGUCGAAGACCGAUUUACAAUUUGAUUACAAGUCUCAUUUCUUCGCAACGCAAAUCGACCGACAAGCCGAGCUUUCUCGUCAGAUUCUACUCAGUAACUUCCGGCCAGAUUCCUCGAUUUUGCGGUCUCAAAUCAACGCUUGCGAUCCGAGUACGCUUUCGCUGUAUCGUGGAUUCUCCCGCUUCAUGCUGGAAGAUCUUGAAAAUAAUCGAUACGCCCUGGGGAUGAGCCGUAGCCAGCGAAAAAAGCUUUCGUCGAAAAUUGCCAUCGAGAUGAUAGAGCGCAAUCAAGCAUACUCGAACCUGAUCGAAACACUUCUGCCUUAUCAUGUCAGGCUAUCGAUACAUGCACACAAUAACGCAGGCCCCAAAUUCGGCAUCGAUCUCCUCGGCGCUGGAGUGCGCGCUGUCAGGUCACUGACGUCCUUUGGAGAGCCAGAUACUUCGCAGGAUCUGCUCCACAUCCCAACACCUUGGCACGGCUGCAUCGUCGAAGUGGAAGGUCACGCACAGCUUUACAUGACCAAAUCGCACGCCGCUGAGGCAGCAAUCCAUAGCCAAAAGUUUCGAGGCUCGUGGGACAUGUCGACGGCCAACAUGGGCGGCCUGUACCGAUUCCAGGAUAUACAGUCAAAUGACGAACCAACAUCUCCUCUUAGCACGACAGAAAGCGCUCCAAGCAGUAUCUUCACGGAAAAUUUACAAGCCACGAUUCAGAUCGAAGAGUUCGCUGUAGAACCGGGCGAAACAUAUUCAUCAACUACGGCCAGAAAGUCCGUGAAAACAUACAUAUGAACUCUGACCUUAAGAUUAAGGACGCUUUCUCGCAACGCGCUUUGAUAAGACUUGAAGUUCAUGGCAGCAGCAGGUCCAUUGCGGAGGUAUACAAAUGUUAAUUCUCGGAAGAAUUUCGCUGUCCAUACCAUUGCCCUCACAGAGCAAUGGCAAGGCCACCGAUAAAGAUGGGAUGCCAUCACAACAAGAUCGGAAGGGACUCCUUGCCAGAAAUGAUCGAUGUCCACAUAACCUUGUUUCCAACGACUUGGCAUUCCAUGGCUUUCGUCUAACUGUGACCCACGGUUCAUUCCAAAGGGUUGGGACUAUGGACUUCAAUCCCUAAAUCGAUGGCUCCAUCAUCGAAAUGAGGGCGUAAUGUAUCCCGCCUGGGCACGUUCAAUAGCUCCGAGCUAGGAAAGAUAUGUCUGCUAUCGCAGGAGAAAGAAGACACGAAGGUUAGGCUCAUAGCCCUCUCAGUGAUAAACAGAUAAUAGUGAUAUACGCAGUAUGAUUUGUG